AUGGGGGGGACGGGGGACGGCAGGGAGCGGAGCCCCUUGUUGGGGGGGCCACCCCUGAAGGGCCGGGGGGUGGCGUGCGCGGCCGUGCUGGCCAUGGAGGGGCUGGAGAAGGCCGCUUUUUUCGGCAUCACGGCCAACUUGGCGUUCUACCUCACCAGCAGCGCCUUGGGCUGGGGGGGCAGCCAGGCGUCCUGCGCCUGCCUGCUCUUCCUGGGGGCUUCCUACCUCCUCUCGCCCGUGGGGGGUUGGUUGGCCGACGUCUACCUGGGCAGCUACGGGGCGGUGGCCAUCAGCUUCUCGCUCUACCUGCUGGCCGCGUCCCUGCUGCCCAUCACCGCCUGGCCGGACGGGCGGCUUUCGGUGUGCGGGCACCCGCCGGCCGGCACCACCCUCAACUGCUCUUGGCACCGCGGCGGGACUUGCCGGGGGACACAGUACUGCGCCCCCACCAUCUACGCCGGCCUCCUGGUCAUGGCGUUGGGCGCCAGCUCCGUCAGAGCCAACCUCACCCCCUUCGGCGCCGACCAGGUGAGGGACCGGGGCGGUGACGCCACGCGGCGCUUCUUCAACUGGUUCUACUGGAGCAUCAACAUCGGGGCUGCCCUCUCCCUGCUGGUGGUGGCCUUCGUCCAGCAGAACAUCAGCUUUCUGGCCGGUUACCUCAUCCCCGUGGCCUGCCUGGCCUUGGCCCUCCUCAUCUUCCUCCUGGCCACCCCCACCUUUGUCACCAAGCCCCCCACGGGCAGCCAGGUCUCUGCCAUGAUCAAGCUGGCCCUGCAGAACUGUGGCUGCGCUUGGUUGGGGGCCACCGGGACCAGGACGAGCCGGCGGGAGCCAGGAGACCCUCUCCCCAACAGCAGACCCCAACCUGGAGCCCCUUCGCUCGAGGAGGACCUUGCCAACUUCCAGGUGCUGGCCCGGAUCCUGCCGGUGAUGCUGACCUUCAUCCCUUACUGGAUGGUCUACUUCCAGAUGCAGUUGACGUAUUACCUGCAGGCUCUGCACCUCCGCAUCCCCAGUAUCUUCCAGCACGGCCAGGACCGCACCGGCAUCCUCCAGGGCUACACGUUCCCAGAUGCUUGGCUACAUCUGGCCAACGUGGUGGUCUUGCUGGCCUUGGUGCCCCUGAAGGACCACCUCAUCGACCCCUUCCUAGCCAGGCGGGGGCUGCUGCCCUCGGCACUCAAGCAGAUGGCCCUGGGCAUGUUCUUCAGCCUCGCCUCCAUCCUCGCGGCGGGUGUCCUGGAGCGGGAACGGCUGCAGUACGUGCGCCGCAACCAGACGGUGCCGCAGCUCGUGGGCAGGGACCGCUACCCGGCCGUCACGCUGCCCGUCUGGUGGCAGGUCCCCCAGUACCUGCUCAUGGCCAGCAGCGAGCUCUUUGCCAGCAUCCCCGGCCUGGAGUUCGCCUACGCCGAAGCCCCCAAGUCCAUGAAAGGUGCCAUCAUGGGGCUCUUCUUUUUCAUCUCCGGGGUGGGCUCGCUGCUAGGGUGGGGGCUACUAGCCCUCCUCUCGCUGCCCCCCCGCGGCUGGAUGCGCUGCCCGGGGGACUACGGGAGCAUCGCCGGUUGCCGCAUGGAUAACUACUUCUUCCUGCUGGCCGGCAUCCAGGCUGUCACCUGCCUGCUUGUCACCUGGAUCUCCAGGCGCUACCGGAGCCCGGCACCGUGGCCGGGUGUCCCCCACCUCUGCAGGGGACUGCAGGACGACUGACGCGGUGCCGCUGGGGGUGACAAGGCAUCACCCCCCACCACCACCACCACCCCCCCGCCUUCCCUGGGGACAGGGAUGCUGGUCCCAGGGCCAGCAGGGCGGAGGGGGACGGGAGCCUGAGCGGAGCUGUCACCCCGUCUCUGUGGCCCCGUUGUGGGGAGGGGACCCGGCCGGGAGCAGGGUGACAAAGUCUGGGGGGGGGGGAGUGUCUCUUGCUGUCACCCAGGGUGAUUUGGGGGUGUCCCGGGCUCACUGGGACAGACUGGGAGGGGGGGAAAUCCCCACAGCACCCCCGAAUAAAGGGACCUGCCGGCCCAUCGCUUGCGGCUGCCGUUGCAGGAAGGAC